AUGGAUGGCUAUUUGCUUGAUCGACGUCUAUCUGAGUCUGUCCGACUUGAUGCACAGCAUCUCUUGUGGAAACUCCAAACAGGAUACGCCUUGCAUCCAGAUAUCCCGAUCAAGGAUGACAUGAAAAUUGCAGACAUCGGGACAGGCACUGGGGUAUGGCUACUUGAUAUAGAAAACGACCUACCCAAGACUGUCAAUCUCGAUGGAUUUGAUAUUUCCGAUUCCCAAUUCCCACCAGCACAUACUCUGCCAGCAAAUGUUCACUUUGGCGUGUUGGAUGCACUUGAGGAUAUCCCGUCUAAAUUAGCAGGGAGGUAUGAUGUCGUGCAUCUCCGCAUGUGGUGCUGUGUGAUCAAGGGCAACGAUCCAACCCAACUGAUCGAAGCCGCAUACAAGCUAUUGAAGCCCGGAGGAUAUCUUCAAUGGGAAGACGUCCAUGGUGGAAGACAGGUCGUCCACGGUGAAGCCGCAACCAAAUUGAAUCGACUCAUACUCCACUACCAAACCGACAUGUUGAAAGAGAGCCUUGUGUCGAUGUAUUCAACCACGGCUUUACUGGGUAUUCUCGGUGCUUUUAACGCCACACAGGGAAAUAAUCACGGCAUAUCAUUGCCUGCAAUGGGCGAGAUCGAGAAACUGGUUGCUUCUGCGUUGGGCGAGGUCAAGAAUGGAGGCGCAUUGCAUUGGAUUCCAAUGGUUGUUUUGGCGAAAAAGGGAUGGGGUUGUGCUUCUAGAUAG